UCGAGUAUUGAUCCGCCGAGAUAAACACCACAGUCCGCCCACGCGCGCUAUGAUAACGGUAGACUUGUUGAUCUGCUGCCGUCGAGUUCGAGCGCCACAGAUUGUGGCAGCUGCUGUGUUGUGUGUUGCCGGGAUCCUGUCAAUCUGUGCGUCCGGGAUCCGUUUCCCGGAAACCAUUCGGACGGUGAUGCUUCUGUGCCCGUCGUCGACUUCGGGGUGAGUGCCAGUGGGACGCGAACGGGCACGACAACAAUGUCGGUCACAGUCGCCCUGACCGCUCUGGUCGCAUGCUGUUCCUGUUGCUUGUUGACCGCCACGGCCGAUUUGGCGUCCGAUCUGGCCAGUAGCGACUAUCAGCUAAUGUCAACCGACGACCAGCAGCCGCAACAGACAUCAGUCCAGUUGCAGCAGGCGGUCUCCGACCAGCUUUACGGUCAGAAUCAAGUGGAUAAUACUCUGGAUAAUACUGAUAAUUCAAAUAUUGAUGUGUCCCACCAAUUUCAUUUACAUGAAUCUUCUGAAUGGCCUUUUCCACAUCAAAUUGAUAACAGUAUUGGGCAAAUAUCUGGUGUUUCCAUAAGCAAAGACAAUUUUGUGUAUAUAUUUCAUAGAGGGGAUCGAGAAUGGAAUCAAACUACAUUUUAUGAAAACAAUGUGUACAGAGAAAAACAUAUAGGACCAAUUUCUGAACAGGUAGUUGUUGUACUGGAUCCAAAAAAUGGUUCCGUAAUAAAAAGAUGGGGUGGUCACAGAUUUUAUAUGCCUCAUGGUAUUACUGUUGAUCAUGAAAAUAAUGUUUGGUUGACUGAUGUUGCUCUUCAUCAAGUUUUCAAAUUUGGCCCUAACUCUGAAGAUGUAUUAAUGACUUUUGGUACUGCAUUUGUACCUGGGAAAGACUUAGACAAGUUUUGCAAACCUACAUCAGUAGCUGUAACAACUAGUGGUGAAUUCUAUGUAGCAGAUGGAUAUUGUAAUUCACGUAUUAUUAAAUUUUCUGCUAAAGGACGAGUACUGUUGGAAUGGGGCCGAUCCACUAUAGUCACAGGUGAAAUGAUUGUGCCUCCUUACCAACUGUGGAUUCCACAUGCUUUGACAUUGGCUGAAGACAAAGAAUUGAUAUGUGUUGCCGAUCGUGAAAAUAGCAGAGUAUUAUGUUUCAACACCAACAAUGGAACCUUUAAUUUUGAAAUUAAUCCACAAUUAUUUCAACGUUUAUUUAGUGUUGCGUAUUCACCAGCAGCUGGUGGAUUAUUUUAUGUACUUAAUGAUAAAAAUGUGUAUGUAAUAACUGACACAUUAGCACAAGGAAUUGUCAUCAAUGCUACUUCGUUGGAAGUGAUUGGACAAUUCCACCCUAAAGAUAACGAAUUUUCACGACCUCAUGACAUGGCUGUAAGCCCAGAUGGAACAUCUGUUUAUGUUGUGGAACUUAUAAGAUCUCAUAUACGAAAGUUCGUGUUAGAUUCAGAUAUUCAAAACAAAUUUAUAAACAAAAGUGUUGAUACACCUAAUGUUUCAGAUCAAGAGUUAAUGUUGAACAAAUAUAACGUGCUAGAAAAUUGUCCUGGUCUUAGAGAAAAUUCUGGGAAACAAAUUUUAGUGAUCAUGUUGAUAAUUGCUGUGGGUUUGUUUUUCACUGCUGCUAUAUUCGUAACCGUUUUAAUAUAUACACGAACUAAAUCAAUAGCUCACAGGAAAGACGCGGCUUUCAGUCGCUGGCAGCCUCGGACACUCAACGCUGCGGAUGGAUUUACUUUGGGCAACAUAUUCAAUAAGAAGCAACGAGCUGGAUUCGAAAAACUUGCAACCGUCGAGGUGAGCGAAGAUGACGAUGACGACGACGACGAAAACGAUCUGAACGUGAGGGCUUAAUAAUUGAAAAAUUAAUAUAAUAACAAUAAUAAUAUCGUGCUAGUUGAUUCGAUUUAUCGUUACGGUUGUUAUUAUUUGUAUUUAUUAAUUUAUUGUAACACCUUUUUUCGACGGACUUAUACUUAGAAGACUUCCCCAAUAUUUGUCUGCCAAAAAUAUUAUGUUUAUAUCGACCCGAGUAUCCGACCGCAUAUUAUACACACACAGUUACACAUCCCA